UGCUCAGCAAACUCCUCGGGACACCUCCGAAAGUGGACUUGGAUCAAGUGAACAGAUGACAGGGCACCGUCAAGUCAUCUCCGCGGCCGAUAUGACUCGUCCUCGGCUCGAUCACAACCUUCGCCUCGGCUUGUUUUAACUUGUGAAGGUGUAUUGCCCAAUAGUGUGUAAUGAAUGCAUCUGGGGACGGCCAGCUUUCUCCCGACUCUCCAAGUUUGGAGGGAUGUCCGACUGGACAGUCUCCGGCCACCCCCAGGAAGAGACUCCUCUCUGCGGAGGACGCGCGCUGCAGCAGCCGGCCUGCCCCCGAGGGCGCCGGUUCUGUUUCUGUGCCCGAGACGGAGGAGAAGGGAGGCUUUUGUCACAGCUGUCAGAAGAAAGUGUCCGAGUUGAGGAAGCUAGCGUUGGCACUGGCUGACCAAAACUCAUUAAAGGACACGGGCUAUGCAGCUUUUCUGUUCGAGCAGCUCCGCACAUCUGGGAGCAAGGAAGGUGAUGUCACCUGCUGCCAGGUGUGCUUCACACCUCUCCACCAGCUGAAGCAGGAGGUUCUGCAGACUCUCCAUGCUCCCGUCCCCGUCUUCAGCCCCGACAUGCCGGCCCCGCCUGCCUCUUCCUUUCUACCGCAGCCAUCAAGAUUUGCUCUGUCAUCAUCCAACAUCCAUGCAAGCCAAAUGCCCAAAGGCCAAGCUGCCUCCCACUCAGUCCUGUCCUUGGGGGAGCAGCCUAGGGGGCUGUGCUGGUCCCAGAACUCCUCAGUCCCGUCAGGUUCAAAGACCAGUGUCCAGGUGACAGUGGCAGGAGGUCAAUUCACUGGAUCCCUGAGCUCUGUCACCAUCCAAGCACAGCAGUACCUUGAGGGCGUUUGGAGCAUCUCCAGGGUCAACAACUUCCUUCCUCAACCUAAACCAGCCCAGAGCUUGAUGGGAGACGCCGGCAAAGAUGUCACAACCUCCGUGAUGUCGCUCAACACCAUAACCACCAGUAACAGCAGUACCAAGAGUAGCACCUUGGCACCCUGUCGCCUAAGAGGCCCCAUGAAAACGGGCAUCCCUAUCCCCACCACCAGUGCAUCCAGCUCCAUCACACACUCCUCAUCUGCAACAGCCUCCUUCUUCAUCAGGGCAGCUCAGAAGCUGAACCUGUCCUCCAAACGGAAGAAGCAGCAGCCUUCCCUGCUCCACCCACAGGAGCCCUCCAUCUAUCCAACCAACUUCAGUGGCAUCCUGCAGGUUUCGCCCCCUCCUGCCCCGCCAUGCCUUCUCCGCGCCGUGUCCAAAGUGAAAGAGAACCCAGGGAUGGGAAAGGUCAAAGUCAUGAUGCGUAUUUGCCCAUCCUUGGAGGCGACAGACUCAUCAGAGUCUCAGUCCUUCUUAAAAGUGGACAGCCGGAAAAAGCAGGUAACCCUCUACGAUCCUGCAUCCAGCCCCCCACACUCCAGUUCAGGACACAGACGCUCCGCCACUGUUGCUGUCCCGAAGAUAUUCGCUUUUGAUGCAGUUUUUACGCAGGACGCCUCACAAGCUGAGGUGUGUUCAGGUACAGUAGCAGAGGUCAUUCAGUCAGUGGCGAAUGGCGCAGACGGGUGCAUCUUCUGCUUCGGACAAGUUAAGCUCGGCAAGACAAACACUAUGAUUGGCAAAGACAGCUCCACUCAGACCUUAGGUGUCGUGCCCUGUGCCAUCUCCUGGCUCUUCAAGCUCAUCAACGAACGCAAGGAGAAGACGGGCGCCCGCUUCUCUGUCCGAGUGUCUGCUGUGGAAAUCUUUGGGAAAGAAGAGGAGCUGAAGGACCUGCUCUCUGAAGUAUCGACGGGUAGCCAGCAGGAGGGCCAGUCUCCAGGCAUCCAUCUCAGAGAGGAUCCCAUUUGUGGCACUCAACUUCAGAAUCAGAGCGAGCUUCACGCCUCGACAGCUGAGAAGGCAGCCUUCUUCCUGGAUGCUGCCAUAUCGGCCCGCAGCACCAGCCAGCCCAAUGCAGAUGAGGAGGAGAGACGCAACUCACACAUGCUGUUCACGCUGCAUAUCUACCAGUACCGCAUGGAGAAGAGUGGCAAGGGAGGAAUGUCAGGUGGACGGAGCAGGCUGCACCUCAUUGAUCUGGGGAGCUGUGAAAAGGUUCUGAGUAAAAGUCGAGACGCCGGGGGUGGUGCGUGUCUUUCUCUGAAUGCGUUGGGGAAUGUCAUUAUGGCUUUAGCAAAUGGAGCAAAACACGUACCUUACAGAGACAGCAAACUGACAAUGUUGCUGAGAGAGUCCCUUGGCAACAUCAACUGUCGAACCACCAUGAUUGCCCACAUCUCUGAUUCUCCGGUUAACUACGCCGACUCACUCACCACGAUCCAACUGGCAUCCCGCAUUCACCGCAUGAGGAAAAAGAAAUCAAAGUAUGCAUCCAGUUCAUCUGGAGGGGAAAGUUCCUGUGAGGAAGGGAGGAUCCGUCGACCACCUCACCUCAGGCCUUUUCAUCCUCGGACUGUGGCCUUGGACCCAGAUCUACCCUCUCUGCUCAGUGACCCAGAAUACUCCUCCAGUAGUGAACAGUCAUGCGACACUGUCAUUUAUGUGGGACCUGGAGGAGCUGCAAUCUCGGACAGGGAGCUUAGUGACAAUGAAGGUCCACCUGCCUUUGUUCCCAUCAUCCCUUCUCUGAACAAGAAGAGGACAGCAAAGGAGGAUCCCUUAGACAGAGACCACUUCUUUAAAUGCAACACAUUUGCUGAGUUGCAAGAGAGGUUGGAAUGUAUCGAUGGUAGUGAAGAACCUACAGCAUUUGUUGGUGAGGGCAAACGAAACCAGGCGAGCCCUAAGAUGGACAAAUCUAAGGAGAGUUGGAGUUCUGUUUCACCAAAGAUUGUUGCAAGUAUGACUUGCAACCAAGAUGGCAUCUCACCGAAACAAUCUCCUAAAUCAGUUGCCCUACAGCCAUUUUGCAGUCCUGGCACUAAAUCUAAAGUGGACAUUUCAGAAAGGCAAGACAUACCUGCAGAAAGAAAAGGAUCGGAAUGUGUUCCGAAUGUAUGCAGAACCAGUGCUGAUGGUGAGAGGAACUUGCUUUCAGAAAACAGUGUUGAUGCUGAUAAAUUGCCAAUUGCUGCAACAACUCAUCCUGAACCAGUUGUAAGAGAGAAGAUUCACUUCAACAAGAAAGCCUCUCGCAAGGAAAAUUCCGAAAAGUUGGAACGAUCCAACACCAGAAUGCCCCCGGUAGGAAUGAGCCACAAAGCUGUGAAAGGGAGGGAUCGUUGUAUUUCCCCAAUUGUCCGAGUUCCAAUGGAGGUUUGCCAGGUGAGCUCCAGCUUGCAGGAAAGGUGUUUUGAUCGGGACAUCCUGAGAGCAACUGUCACCUUGCAGCAGCCUGUGGAGCUGAAUGGAGAAGACGAGCUGGUGUUCACUGUGGUAGAGGAACUGUCUGUAGGCAGUAUUGUUGAUAAGGGCAGGCCAUCCAGCAUUAUCAGCUUUAACAGCGACUGUUCUCUGCAGGCCCUUGCCUCUGGCUCCAGACCUGUCAGCAUCAUUAGCAGUAUCAAUGAUGAAUUUGAUGCCUACACAUCAUCUGUUGGGGGAGCUGAUUUGAAUGUUGCAUCGGUCACACCGCUACAGGAAGGAGCAAUUGAGUGUGUACAUAGUAGGGGUUCAUCUGUCAGUUCUUGGCUUAGUGAAGUGAGUGUCUGCACCAUGGAGAGUGAAGGGGCUCAAUCUUCUGAUGUCUUCCUUCCACCAGACAAGAGCUUGGGACCAGAAGCCACCUUUCAUUUUGAUUCCCUUGAUAUGUUCCAUUGUGUAUCAUCAACUAGAGAUGCCAAGAAUUCCUUGAAUGACAGUGGAUUUAGUUUUUCUGAACAGGACAGUGACAGUGCUGCCUCAAGCAAACUAUCAUUGACAAAGUGCCCCCCAUCUCCAGAUUCAACCAAAGCAUCCCUUAGAUUACCUUCUAAAAUAACAAACGCUCAUUCAUUUAGCUCUACACUUUCACAGAGUCCCUCCAUGGUUCACUCCAGUCUUCCAAGGAAAGUGAAACCUACCUCAUCCAUCCCCAGUAGUAGCAGUAGCAGCGACAGUAGAGAUCCACUGAGGCAAGAUGCCAAGCAGGAAAAUCACUGGCAGCGCACAGACAACCUCCCGCAAGCUCAACCGAUUGUCUCCACCAGCAGAUUUGUCAGAACGCCCCCCAGUGGUAUCUCUUCAAGCAAAGUAUCAAACACCUGUAACAGCGCACCUCGACUAUCCAAGGCACAUGGGUCAACCUCAUCCCAAAGGGUGGUUGAUGGGUGUGAGAAGUCUUUCAGUAAGAAGUCUGAUCCUCCCAGCAGAAUGCCUCAGCUAAGAAGAGGUGCCACCACUCUAGGAACAGUGCCCGUCAUCCAUUCCUCAAUGGACUACAAGGGAGCCCAAGAUGUUGCAGCAGCAACAAGUCUUAAAUUCUCCUCUCUAGGGAAAAACAACAAGGCUAACUCACAGAAAUCAAGUAAUCUACCCAGAGCUGGUUGCAUAUCUCCUCCUCCACCGCCAGUAAGAAAGUCCAGUCUCGACCAUAAGACUAAGAUCCUUCUACCCCAAAGUGCCUUAAAGUCAGCAUAUGGGGAGGCAGGAAGGAGCAUUGGAACAAGGGCAGUGGUAUCAGAGGAUGAGCUUGAGGUUCGUCACAGAGUAGACUCCAUUAGUUUAAAAACCUCUAGUCUAAGAGCUGACCACAGCAAUGUCAAAGUUACCUCAAGUCUAAAGGCAAGAGGGACAAGAGGUGAAGCUGGACAUCACUAUGGUAGUCAGAUAUCCUUGGAGAGGUGUGACAGCGUGUCUCUGUCCAGCCCCCGAGCUGGGCUUAGUAGGGAAAAUAGUGGUGCGAGUCUGGGGAGCAACAGUAGCAAAGUUGGCAAAUCUAUUCCUAGAUUUGGUAUUCCUAAUUCAUCAAGUUCUCCUAUCGCUACCUGUCCGUCAUCCCCAGGUGCAGGAACUAUAAGUAAAACAGGCCAUGUCAAAGCAUCAGGAAAUCCUCGAGCAUUAGGAGCACUCAGUAGCAGUAAGGCACGCUCAUUGUCCGCCAACAGUUCCAAAGGCCUAAGUUCCUCCACCAAAUCUUUGGCCACUGCAGUCACUAGGAAUACCAAUGCCAACCUUCCUCCAUCAGGCAGAACGUCAGGGCCUCGGACCAUUGCUGCUGUCAGUAGCAAGCCUGGGAGAGGGACUAUCAUGGGCGCAAAGCAGGCCGUACGAGCCGCCAACAGCCGUGUGAGCGAACUGGCAACAAGUGGCAUAUCGAGCAAGCACGUGAGAGUUUCCAGAGAUUCGGACAGUGGCAACGACAGUGGUGUGAACUUGGGUGAUUACAAAUCUCCGAUUGCUAUGCUACCCUCGCCAUACAGCAAAAUUACAGCACCCAGGCGGCCCCAGCGUUACAGCAGUGGUCACGGCAGUGACAACAGUAGUGUGUUGAGUGGGGAGUUGCCUCCAGCAAUGGGCCGCACAGCUCUCUUCUAUCAUAGUGGCGGAAGCAGCGGAUAUGAGAGUAUGAUCCGUGACAGUGAAGCCACGGGGAGUGCUUCCUCUGCCCAUGACUCAAUGAGUGAGAGUGGAAUAUCAUCUUCAGGCAGAACAAGGAGCUCCAAGUAUCCCAAAAAAAGAGCAACUGGUUUCCAGAGACGACGCCUAAUUCCAGCGCCCCUGCCAGAUACCUCAUCCCUGGGGAAGAAAGUGGGCACAGCGGGCCAGUGGGUCGACCUGCCCCCAACACUGAAAGAGCCUUUUGAAAUCAAGGUCUACGAGAUCGACGAUGUGGAACGCCUUCAGAGAAGACGUCAGGAACAGGCUACAGAGCAGCCAUUUAACGAUGUUGACAAGGGCCUGUUGUAUUUUAACAAUAAGUUGAAGAUGUUGGAGAAAAGGCAACAGCAAGUAAGGGAAUUGAAAUCAAAGCAUGAAGUGCUGAUGGAGGAGCUGGAGGACACCAAGGCCCGGCUGAUGAUGGAUCCCAGCAAGUGGACCGGAGAGUUUGAAGUGGACCCAAGUUUGGAUAAAGAGUCUCCGGAGUACUUGGAUGUCUUGGAGCGGGUCACAGAGGAGCUGGAGUUUUGCGUCAACUUGUGCAAGUCACGUGUCAUGAUGGUGACUUGCUUCGACAUCAGCACACAGGCCGUCACCGCUUACGAGGAACCGCAGGAAGUUGAAGUCUGAGGAUGAAUGGAAGUCGAGUCGGUGAAACGAGGAAGUGAGGAAGUGAAGAAGUGAAAGGAUGGUAAUAUGUAGCAGCCACUUCAAGGAUAUUACUGCAACAAAGAAUGCCUAGAUGAUAAGAGUCUACAUGAAAUCGUAACCACUUUGCUACAGUGCCUCGUUGUCCAGGACACGUUUGAAGGCGGUGAAAUGAAACGUGAGCACAAAUGCAUAGCAUUGGCCAUCACAAACUCUUAUUCAAGAGUCAGUGAACACCAGGAAGUGCCUUGAUUAAAAAUGGUUUCAUGUCAUUGUUUUUUCUUUGGUGACGGUAUCUCUAGAAACCUAAGCAAACCCUGAAAAUAUUGCUUUUAAGAACAAAUAUUUUAUAUUGCAUUGUAAAGUGUAUUUAUGAUUAUGUAGUGUGUAAAAAAAUCUCAUUGCAAGGGUAGAAAUAAAGAGGGGGGGGGGGAAAAAAGCAAUAAGCUAAUGUUAUUGCGAUCCCAAACUUCGCCUUUUCUCUUGUUUGAAACCUCAGUCAGCAUUUCCGUCAUGUUCAUUCAGCAUCUUGCGCCUUAUGUUCACUUUCGUAGUUUUCUAGCUCUUCAAAAUGGACUGUGUUCUCUCAAUACCAAUGCAUUUUCUCUCAUCCCCCAUCACCUGCCAGCUUGCCUGCGGAAUACUCCGAGGUUGAGUGAAUGUUUUUUUUGUCCCUCCAGUUGCCUUGAUCACAAUGGGUCUCAGUGGAUGCACUAAGGUAGAACUGCGGUUAUAUCUAUGGGUGCCCAAAAUGAGAUGUUGAGCCAAAACAUAUCAAUCAGAAAGCUGCUGUGAUGGACAGUUAGUGUUAGUGUUCUCAUUGGUGCCUCUACAUGUGCUCAUGUUACGGUUUUCUAUACAAGCCUACACUAAGCAUGAUGAAUAGUUACGCUGAUGGCAAAUGGGGAUCCAAAUUUAAAAUGUAAAAAAAAAAAAAAAAAAAAAAAAAAAAAAGAGGCAGAGAGGAGAAAGCACAAAUAAGCCUGUCUAGUUUUUGUUGUUGUUCAUUUGUUAUAGCCGAGCCUCAGCUCUAUGCAUUCCACUUUUGAAUGAAACAACAGUUGGACUAUCAUUACCGACUUAAAAAGCAGCAGCACAUGUUGGACUGUUUGCCCUGGACUAUUUUAUUCGAUAUUUUUUAAUUUAGGCAAGUUUAAAAAAACGGCAUGAAACUACUCCACUCCACCAUUGCUAUAGUUUCCAGUGAAAUUAUGCAGCGAAUACAAACAAAUGGUGUUAGCAAUCUGUAUGUCAUCUAAGAUGAUCACUGGAAAUGAAUGUGAUGAACAUGCAACUUUUUUAUUUUUAUUUUGAUGCAUUUUAUUUCUAUAUCUAUGACAAUAGGAAUUUGUUUACGUUCUUCAACAAAGAUGUUCUCUCUCAGGCCCUCUCUGAAGAUGCUGCAUGAAAUUUUUUAAUCAUUUUUUUAGGGAUGAUUUCUACUCCAUUUUUACCAUUCAAAUUUUUUACAAUAACUUCACUUUUCACUAAUGUGGGUUUAGGCUUAUGAACGAAAAAUCUGUAGUCCCAAACCAGGACCUUUUUCCAAGAAAUUAUUUUAUGUAAGGUCAUAUUUCAUAUCGAAACCCAUAUUUUCGAAUAUCUUUGUUUUUGUAUAGGAUUUGCAAAACCCUGUGUAUAAAUGUAUGAUAUGGCAGCUCGUGUUUUACUUUUACAGUAUCUGUGAAUAAAAUACUUCUUACUGAUGA